CCCGUCGAUCCGUGACCCUAAUCUGAUAUUAAGCGAUGUGAUCGGGAAAAUGCGUCAACAAAAACACCCGAUAAGAUGAUUCUGUUGCCGUCCAGGGGAUAAGAAGUGUGUUCCUUUUGGAUCUAGUGUACUGGAGAAGCGCUGCGCUGGGUGAUUCUGAGAUCAAACUGCUGCAAAUCGACUGUAAGGAUACAAGACAAGACAGGGAGGGAGGGGGGCGCCGCUUGUUUUGAAAACCCAGAGAUCUGGUACUGUUUGAUGUGAUGUUGAGAUUUAACUCUUCAUGGCUCUCAGAUAACCUAGGUAAGCCACGGCCUUGAGGGAGAAGGGAGACUUCGGACCAACAGGGAAGGCCGUGGUUUGGGACAGGCAACAACGUACACAUGGUGGUAGUGGUGAAACGGCUUCUACUGUUACUACAAAGAGUAACAAUCCCUGUAUAAACCGAUAGAAGAAGAGCAAGACCACUUCCCUGCCGGUGUUGAUGUGACCCUGGCAUGUCUGGGAACAGGACAACACUCGACUCAACACAUUAGGAAGAAGUUUCAAGGCUGUAAUCCAGAUUUCACGACAGAGAAAACAAAACGUCAUCAAUGUCAUAAAACAGUUAAAUAGUGGAGACAAAAAUUGAAGCAUUUGAAGGUUGCGUGAGAGAGAAAGAUGAGCAGCGUACAACCAUCAACCAUGGUCAACGAUGUACAGCUUCGUUUCCUCUGUCCAGAAGACAUCCACACGGUCAAGAAACUGUGUUCAGACUGGUUCCCUAUUGAGUAUCCUGACUCCUGGUAUGAGGAGAUCACAUCUAACCCCAAGUUCUUCUCUCUGGCCGCCACCUAUCACUCCAACAUCAUCGGGCUCAUUGUGUCUGAGGUCAAGUCAAGAAACAAGAUACACAAAGAGGAUCGCACAGUCUUGGCCUCCAGUUACCCAGACAACACACAGGUGGCAUAUAUCCUCAGCCUAGGGGUGGUGCAGGAGUACAGGCAACAUGGGAUAGCCUCUCUCCUCCUGGAGACUCUCCUGUCCCACCUGACCACCAGUGAGAGACACAACGUGAAGGCGGUGUACCUCCACGUCCUCACCACCAACACCACAGCCAUACGCUUCUACGAGCACAGGAGCUUCCGACGCCACAACUACUUGCCAUACUACUACGCCAUCAAAGGGGUCCCAAAGGAUGGCUUUUCAUAUGUGCUGUAUAUAAAUGGAGGGAAGCCACCAUGGACUUUUACAGAUUGCAUCUCGUACAUGUUUGCCCACUUACAACACCUGCAGCUGUGCUCCCUCCCCCAGCGACUGUUCCGUAGACUCAGUACAACAGUCUGGGGUGUCGUACCCCUCCUGUACUCGCCUCAUCGGAAAACCAACGGGCCCUGUCACACCAUGUGAGCUGUACAGGCCUGUAAUACCAUGUGAUGAACUGUAUGGGCCUGUCAUACCACGUGAACUGUAUGAGCCUGUCACACCAUGUGAACUGUAUGGGCCUGUCACACCAUGUGAACUGUAUGGGCCUGUCACACCAUGUGAACUGUAUGGGCCUGUCACACCAUGUGAACUGUAUGGGCCCGUAACACCAUGUGUACUAUACAGGCCUGUUACAGCAUGGGAACUGUACAGGCCUAUAACACCAUGUGAGCUGUAUCAGGGCCUGUCACACCAUGUGAACUGUACAGGCCUGUCACACCAUGUGAACUGUACAGGCCCGUCACACCAUGUGAACUGUACAGGCCUGUCACACCAUGUGAACUGUACAGGCCUGUCACACCACGUAAACUGUAUGGGCCUGUCACACCAUGUGAACUGUACAGGCCUGUCACACCAUGUGUACUAUACAGACCUGUAACACCAUGUGGUGCCUAAAGAUGUGCAAUCUGUGACUGUUCGUGUUGUUUUAUUGACUCAUGUUGAAUGAUCUUGUGUACAACAAUAAAAUAUAAUGGAAAAAUAGGAUAACACUAUUGUACAGUGUGGCACAAUAUUGUCAACUGUGCCUAGAAUAUGGUGAAGUAACGUAACUGUGCUGCAAAAUGUAUUGCAUGACUGAGAAACACAUUGUGCAGCAUUGCAUGUGUGUUAGUAUUUACAAAACAGUAUUCUUUAAUGUAUUGACCUCAAUCACUUACAAGUUGCACUGUUUUAAUCUGAAGGCAUAGUUAAUUCUUAAAAUGCACAUUCUGCACUGUAAAGCAAGUAGUGCCAAUGUACAUGACCUUGCACUUGACCAGUUAGCUUGUUGACUCUUGGUGUACUGAACAAGGUACAGAUGUGAGGAUCUGUCCAUCUGCUGACACAUGCAGUCAUCGUCCACCAUUCCAUCUGUCACUGGACAAUGGAUACGCCAGAGAGAAGAUUGCGUCUAAUCCUGAAUCACUGGAAAGAAUAAUAUCUGCAGUAUAUCACAUCAAAAACAGAAUUUUAAACUAGAAAAGCUGUACAAUAGGGGUGUUAAAGCUCACAGUGCAUGUAAAACAUACGAUGUUCCGUCUUUUCUACAACUGCAACUUGUUGUACAUUCUAUGAAUUGAGGUCCACAUUUUCACAGUACCUGGCUUUUAGUCAAUCCCCUAUACAAGUCUGGAUGGUUGAGUGUCUAUGUAGCAUAUCAUCAGACUGUGCACAAAAGGGGAGAGACUGACCAUUUAGUUCUGUAUUGGAGGUUGACUCUGUGUCCCGAUUCAUUCCAUAACAUUGAUGGUGAAAGUUUGUCAUGUACUGGUUAGUGAUGUAUUUAUUCCCAUGACAACAUACGUCCCAUGACAAUUACUAGUAAUAGUAUGAACAUUUAGUGUUGGUCAGUAUUUGUACUACACAUUUAUUUUGUAUUUUCAAAAAAAACAUCUUUUUACUUGGAUUGUUGACUAGUGUAAAGCUUGUUCAACCUAUUUGAUAAUGUGAUAAAGUAAAAGAUGGGUAAAAGUCUUGACAGCCAUAUUUCUUGUGCAUGGCUGGCAAAUUUGUGUCACUUUUAAAGCAGAGAUUGUUGUGUACAUGUAGUAUUUAUUUAGAUUUCUGUACAUAUGAGAAUAUCAGGAAUGUUUUAGGCAGCUUGCAUGCUACAUGUAUCUUUGUAUCGUAAACAACAGUUCUGAUUUAUGAGCAAGUCUUCUAUUCUAAACCAUUGUUUGAAAGUUACACUUGGAAAGAACCUUUACCUGGUACUAAUGUAUAUUGGUACAUUGUUAUAUAUGAAUUGACAAAGUUAUGAUUAACACUCAUGUUUUGCUCCUGAAUUUGGUCUCGCGCCCACUGAGGCAUUGAAGAGCUGGAUGUCCUAACACACAUUCGUUUCAUCCCGACAGUUUUAGGUGUUUGGGGAAAUUUGUUAUUGCUGGGAUAUUCCAUUUUUGUAAGACUAGAAACAUAAUAAGGAUGAAUGGGUGAAAAAUGUCUUCUCUUCUAUGACUCCCUGAUGGACUCCUUCUAUGACUCCUGCUGCCUAAACCCGUGACCAAUAGAGAAUCGUUAGCCAACAUGGCUUCUUUAGUGUGCUUAAGGUUAAGGGUAGGUCUAAGUGGUUUUGGGCCUGACAUAAAAACACACUUUCCCACCAUGUCAUGAUUAUUUACAAUUUUGCUUUUUGCUCCUCUGAGGCUUACCCAAGUAUUUACUGACAAGUAUUUACUGACACCUCAGGCAGAGACAAUAGAUGGCUAUACAUCGGUGAAGGUUAGACAUCCAGGUGAUAGGAUACGCCAAAAAACAGUUACUCAAGCAACUGGAUAUGAUUUUGGAUGCAGUUGCUUGAGUAAAUGCUUUGGUGAAUAGAUGGCUAUAUUGUAAUAUUUUGUUUAGACCAUUUUGGAACACAUAGGUGUGAUGAGCAUUGACUAUAUGCAUGACUUGAAUGUGUCAAGCUGGUCUUGCGUGGACAUGGAAAUGUUUGUGUUCUCAACUUUGUUACCUCAAGGCAAUUUCUUUGCUCUUUUGUAACACAUGUAUGUUUGUCUGUCCCACUAUAGCAGUGAUUACCAUUGUAACAGUUAUGUUUUGACCAUGCUGUCACCAGCAGUUGUACAUGUACCAUUAAAUGUU